CUGACGCGGCAGCGCUGCUGCUCCCGGCCUAGGGGAGUCGCACAAUUAUGAGAAGGAGCCGCCGGGCCCGGACCGCCACCGCCACCGCCGGGUCCCGGAGCAGAGCCGCCCUCGAGCCGCCCCGCUCGCCUCCUCGCCCCUGGAGCGCUGUCCUCUCCCGGCCUCUCCCUGCCCAGCCCCCCGCAGCCGCCGAGCUCAGCCCCGAUAGAUGGAGACAGGCCCCGCCACCGCCGAAGCACGAGCAGCAGCAGCCCGGGCCGAGGAGAGCCAGAGCCGGCGCCGAGACCCAGCCCGACCCUGAGGAGAAUGUCCCAGAAAUCCUGGAUAGAAAACACUUUCACCAAGAGGGAAUGUGUGUAUAUUAUACCAAGUUCAAAGGACCCUCACAGAUGUCUCCCAGGAUGUCAGAUUUGUCAACAACUUGUCAGGUGCUGCUGUGGUCGCUUGGUCAGGCAACAUGCUUGCUUUACUGCAAGUCUUGCCAUGAAAUAUACAGAUGUCAAACUGGGUGAAAAUUUUAAUCGGGAAAUAGAAGAAUGGUCAGUGGAAAAACACACAGAACAGAGUUCAACUGAUGCUUAUGGUGUCAUUAACUUUCAAGGUGGCUCUCAUUCGUACAGAGCAAAGUAUGUACGAUUGUCAUAUGACACUAAGCCUGAAGCCAUUCUACAACUUAUUCUUAAAGAAUGGCAAAUGGAGUUGCCCAGACUUCUUAUCUCUGUACAUGGGGGGAUGCAGAAAUUUGAACUUCAUCCACGCAUCAAACAGUUGCUUGGCAAAGGUCUUAUUAAAGCUGCAGUAACAACAGGUGCAUGGAUUAUAACUGGAGGAGUGAACACAGGUGUUGCAAAACAUGUUGGUGAUGCCCUGAGAGAACAUGCUUCCAGAUCAUCUCGAAAGAUUUGCACUAUUGGGAUAGCCCCAUGGGGGGUGAUUGAAAACAGAAAUGACCUUGUUGGAAGAGAUGUUGUUGCUCCAUAUCAAACUCUGUUAAAUCCUCUAAGUAAACUAAAUGUCCUAAAUAAUCUCCAUUCCCAUUUCAUACUGGUGGAUGAUGGAACAGUUGGAAAGUAUGGAGCAGAAGUUAAUUUGCGAAGAGAACUGGAAAAAACUAUCAAUUUGCAGCGGAUCCAUGCAAGAAUUGGACAGGGUGUCCCUGUGGUAGCACUGAUAUUUGAAGGUGGUCCCAAUGUUAUCCUCACAGUUUUGGAAUACCUUCAAGAAAGUCCUCCAGUGCCAGUAGUAGUAUGUGAGGGAACUGGGAGAGCUGCAGACAUACUGGCAUAUGUUCAUAAGCAAACAGAAGAGGGAGGAAAUAUUCCUGAUGGAGCAGAACCUGAAAUCAUUUCAACCAUCAAAAAGACAUUUAAUUUUGGUCAGAGUGAGGCAGUUCAUCUGUUUCAGACGUUGUUGGAAUGCAUGAAAAAAAAAGAACUUAUUACCGUAUUCCAUAUUGGGUCAGAUGAACAUCAAGAUAUUGAUGUUGCAAUACUUACAGCGCUGCUAAAAGGUACAAAUGCUUCUGCAUUUGACCAGCUUGUCCUUACACUGGCAUGGGACAGAGUUGAUAUUGCCAAAAAUCAUGUUUUUGUUUAUGGACAACAAUGGUUGGUUGGAUCCCUGGAACAGGCUAUGUUGGAUGCCCUUGUGAUGGAUCGAGUUGCAUUUGUGAAACUUCUUAUUGAAAACGGAGUAAGCAUGCACAAGUUCCUUACAAUUCCCAGGCUGGAAGAGCUUUACAACACAAAACAAGGCCCAACUAACCCAACACUCUUUCACCUUGUUCGGGAUGUCAAACAGGGAAACCUUCCUCCAGGAUAUAAAAUCAACCUGAUUGAUGUAGGGCUUGUUAUUGAAUAUUUGAUGGGAGGAACCUACAGAUGCACCUAUACGCGAAAACGCUUUAGAGUCAUAUACAACAGUCUCAGUGGGAACAGUCGGCGGUCUGGGCGUAAUCCUUCAAAUAAUACUCCUCAACUGCGUAAAAGCCAUGAGCCUUUUGGUAACAGGGCAGAUAAAAAAGAGAAAAUGCGACAUAAUCAUUUCAUCAAAACUGCACAGCCUUACAAACCAAAGAUUGAUUCAAGUGCUGAAGAAGGAAAAAAGAAAAGAACCAAAGAUGAAGUCGUAGAUAUUGAUGAUCCUGAAACUAGACGCUUUCAUUAUCCUCUUAAUGAACUCUUACUUUGGGCAGUGUUAAUGAAAAGACAGAAAAUGGCCCUUUUCUUCUGGCAGCAUGGUGAAGAGUCCAUGGCUAAAGCCUUAGUUGCCUGCAAGGUGUAUCGUUCAAUGGCAUAUGAGGCAAAACAAAGUGACCUUGUUGAUGAUACCUCUGAAGAACUGAAACAGUACUCCAAUGAGUUUGGACAACUUGCAGUUGAACUACUAGAACAGUCCUUCCGACAAGAUGAAACCAUGGCUAUGAAGUUAUUAACCUAUGAGCUGAAAAACUGGAGUAAUUCAACCUGUCUUAAGCUAGCAGUGUCUUCAAGACUCCGCCCAUUUGUAGCUCAUACUUGUACACAGAUGUUGUUAUCUGAUAUGUGGAUGGGAAGACUUAACAUGAGGAAAAAUUCAUGGUACAAGGUGAUACUGAGCAUCUUACUACCCCCUGCCAUACUAAUGCUGGAAUAUAAAACCAAGGCAGAAAUGUCCCAUAUUCCACAGUCUCAAGAUGCACAUCAGAUGACAAUGGACGAUGGUGAAAACAACUUCCAGAAUAUAGCAGAAGAGAUACCCAUGGAAGUAUUUAAAGAAGUAAGGAUCUUGGACAGUACUGAAGGAAAACAUGACAUGGAGAUGCCAACAAAACCAAAACGACUUCCAAUUACACGAAAGUUUUAUGCAUUCUAUCAUGCGCCAAUUGUGAAGUUCUGGUUCAAUACGUUGGCAUACAUAGGAUUUCUGAUGCUUUACACAUUUGUAGUCCUUGUAAAAAUGGAAGAAAUACCAUCAGUUCAAGAAUGGAUUGUUAUAGCUUAUAUUUUUACAUCAGCUGUUGAGAAGAUUCGUGAGAUCUUUAUGUCAGAGGCUGGGAAAAUUAAUCAGAAGAUUAAAGUGUGGUUCAGUGAUUACUUCAACAUUAGUGAUACAAUUGCCAUUAUUACUUUCUUCAUUGGGUUUGCACUAAGAUUUGGAGCAAAAGGGAACUUUGGUGACAAUACCUACAGAGAAAAUUAUGUUUUUGUUGCUGGAAGAAUAACAUACUGCCUAAAUAUUAUAUUUUGGUAUGUGCGUUUACUGGAUUUUCUAGCUGUAAAUCAACAGGCUGGCCCUUAUGUGAUGAUGAUUGGCAAAAUGGUGGCCAACAUGUUCUACAUUGUAGUGAUUAUGGCACUUGUACUGCUUAGUUUUGGUGUUCCCCGGAAGGCAAUACUCUAUCCUAAUGAAGCACCAUCUUGGACUCUUGCUAGAGAUAUUGUGUUUCAUCCAUACUGGAUGAUUUUUGGUGAAGUUUAUGCAUAUGAAAUUGAUGUAUGUGCAAAUGAUACACAAGUUAACCAUCUCUGUGGACCUGGAACAUGGCUGACCCCAUUUCUUCAAGCUGUCUACCUCUUUGUACAGUACAUUAUUAUGGUUAAUCUCCUUAUUGCAUUUUUCAACAAUGUAUAUUUACAAGUAAAGGCAAUUUCAAACAUCGUAUGGAAGUAUCAGCGCUAUCAUUUCAUUAUGGCCUACCAUGAAAAACCUGUCCUGCCUCCACCUCUUAUUAUUCUUAGUCACAUGGCUUCCUUAUGUUGUUGUAUAUGUAAAAGAAGAAAGAAAGACAAGACUUCAGAUGGACCAAAACUCUUCUUAACAGAAGAAGAUCAAAAGAAACUUCAUGACUUUGAAGAGUUGUGUGUUGAGAUGUAUUUCAAUGAAAAAGAUGAUAAAUUCCACUCUGGAAGUGAAGAGAGAAUUCGAGUCACAUUUGAACGGGUUGAACAAAUGUGCAUUCAGAUAAAAGAAGUUGGUGAUAGAGUCAACUACAUCAAACGGUCAUUGAACUCUUUAGAUUCUCAGAUUGGCCACCUACAGGAUCUCUCUGCUCUCACUGUCGAUACUCUAAAAACACUAACUGCACAAAAGGCUUCGGAAGCCAGCAAAGUCCAUAAUGAAAUUACCCGGGAGUUAAGCAUUUCAAAACAUUUGGCACAAAACCUUAUUGAUGAUAGUUCUCUCAGAUCUUCAGUAUGGAAAAAACACAACAUCGGAAAUGUGUUUGGUUCUUCAUUUCCACAAGGAGACAUCGAAAAUAGUAAUGCUUUAUUAUGUAACAUUUCUAUGCACAGUGUAAGAGAUAUUCAACAUAAGACAAUUGGUCAGGAUUUAGCUCCAGUUUCCAGGGGGGAAGAACUAAACUUUCAAGAGGCAGUUUCCUCAGGCAGUGCCUUAUUUCCAAGUGCUGUUUCUCCUCCAGAACUUCGACAAAGAUUACAGGGUGAAGAGAUCUCAAAAUCCAUUAAUAAAAAUAAAAAAUUAGGCAAUUCAUCGAACAGCAUGCCACAUCUAACAUCCCCAACAGCUAAAUUAUUUGUUAGCACUCCAUCUCAGCCAAGUUGCAAAAGUCAGUUGGAAUCUACAGCAAACAAUGAAGCAGCAAUUUUGUCUAAGACUACAGAAGGAGAUAGUAACAUAGAAUUUGGUGCAUUUGUGGGUCACAGAGACAGCAUGGAGUUGCAACAAUUUAAGGAGUCAGCGAUUAAAAUUAAAGAAAAAAAUGUUAAUAUUGAGGAGCAACAGGAGGACUUUAAGAAAGCUAUUCUGGAGGAGAUGGAGAUGACCAAACAUCAGGCUGGUCUUCAAGUUGAUUGCAACCUAAGAGAGGUUAAUUCUAAUGGAUUUACAGAGUAUUACAAAAACUCUUUGGCAGUUCAUUCAGAACAAUUUCACAACAAAAGUAGAAGAGCAUCAGCUGAAGAUACUCAGCAAGUAGACUCUAAGGCUGCAUUGCUCACGGAUUGGUUACAAGGUAGACCUUCAAGUAGCAAUCAAAUGCCUUCGGAAGAAGAUGCCUUGAAUGGUAUUGCUUCUCCUUUCAAGCCGAUCAUGGAUACCACUUACUACUACUCAGCUGUGGAAAGAAAUAACUUGAUGAGAUUAUCACAAAGCAUUCCAUUCACUCCUGUGCCUCCAAGAGGUGAGCCAGUCACUGUGUAUCGCCUUGAAGAAAGUUCUCCCAGCAUCUUGAACAACAGCAUGUCUUCCUGGUCACAGCUAGGACUCUGUGCUAAAAUUGAAUUUUUAAGUAAAGAGGAGAUGGGAGGUGGAUUACGUCGAGCCGUUAAAGUAGCAUGCACGUGGUCAGAAUAUGAUAUUCUGAAAUCAGGACAUCUUUAUAUCAUCAAAUCUUUUCUUCCUGAAGUUGUGAAUACUUGGUCAAGCAUUUACAAAGAGGACACAGUGUUACACCUCUGUUUGAGAGAAAUUCAACAGCAGAGGGCAGCACAGAAACUCACGUUUGCUUUCAAUCAAAUGAAGCCUAAAUCCAUUCCAUAUUCUCCAAGGUUCCUGGAAGUUUUCCUAUUAUAUUGCCACUCAGCUGGACAGUGGUUUGCAGUUGAGGAGUGCAUGACUGGAGAAUUUAGAAAAUACAAUAAUAACAACGGUGAUGAAAUAAUUCCAACUAACAUGCUAGAAGAGGUCAUGCUAGCAUUCAGCCACUGGACUUAUGAAUAUACAAGAGGGGAGUUGCUGGUACUUGACUUGCAAGGUGUGGGUGAAAAUUUGACAGAUCCCUCUGUGAUAAAAGCUGGAGAAAAAAGGUCAUAUGAUAUGGUGUUUGGUCCAGCCAAUUUAGGAGAAGAUGCAAUCAAAAAUUUCAGAGCUAAGCACCACUGCAAUUCUUGCUGCAGGAAACUUAAACUUCCUGAUCUGAAGAGAAAUGACUAUACGCCUGACAAAAUUAUAUUUCCUCAGGAUGAUUCUCCCGAAUUGACAAUUCAGCCUGGAAGCUGCACCAAAGAAUCAGAAUCAACUAGUUCUAUUCACCUGAUGCUGUAAUGACAUGAGCAAACACUGGCUUUACACAGUGUCACUAAGUUGUAAAUUAUCUGUCUUCCAUAAAAUCAGAUAAAAGAGAGAUCAAAACAAAGAACCAAGCAUUAUAAGUGGAAUUUUGAUGUCUGGUCCAUAAUCUAAGGACCUAACAAUUUGGGGUAACCAUUUACAGAGAUGAGCUGGCAGCUGAUUAUUUUAAGGGUUGAAUGACAAGUAUUUAUGAAAUGUUUUUAAAGGGUCUUUUUAGGAAAAGGUUAUUUUUAGUUUUGCUUUUGUUCAGUGGAGGUUCGUCUAAUCCUCUAACCCUGUGGUGCAAUAGGCUCUUGACUAAAAGGACUUUUUUUUGGAUCUUCUAAGGCAAAGUGUCUGUUUGGCAGCUGGUUUACUGUCAGCCAGCUAGAGAAAUGGGAGACUGCAUCCUCCUUCAUUGUCAGAUUUCCCUGGGCAUUAUCAGAAGUGACCCAUCUCAUUAGAUGCCAUGUAUUUUCAUCUGGCCUUUGGAAGGGAACGGAUCCAAAGGAUCUGUGUAUAUCAUGCCAGUAUGCUGAGAUUGAAGUCAGAAAUGGAUCUAUUCCAAUAAAGAGUUUGUCUCCUGAAUCAGGAUUCAGCUUCAUAGGUGUGAAGCCAGUUUGUAUGGAAUAGAGCCUUAAUUGUGUAAUGAAAUUUCUUGUUUUGUACAUUUCAGUUUUAUCAAGUCACUGUCAAAUAGUAACAAAUAAAGCCAGGAUAGACUGGUAUAAUUACUUCAUAUAGUAGAAAAGAGUACAUACUGGUCCAAACAAGAAGUUGCCUUGUAUAAAAAAAGAAA